AUGGGCCCAAAAUUGCAGAGAAGGUCCAGGCCGAGAGCCUUCAACGUCAAGUUCCUCAACCUCAGCAAGAUGGUGAGGAAGAUCGCUUAUAGAGCCGAGCCCUAUGACUGGGACACAGUCGUCCCGCUCGACCACAUUAUCGAUCACAAGCUGGAGACGGCCGGCCUUCCCCAUGCACCCAGGGUUGAUGAUUAUCAGAAGGGGCGCGAGGAGCUGAAGAGGCGUGAGGCAUCGCUCGGCUUCGAGUGGAAAUGCGCCAGCCGCGCGUCAGCCAAGGAGCAGCGGGUAAAUCGCAUCCUCCAACGUCUCAAGCGCCAUGACGAGGAGGAAGUCUACGCAAAGGAGCCACCACAGCAGGGAGUCACCGGACAGUCACAUCAACGAUUCGCGGGUGACCAUUUCUUAUCAAACAAGGCCCUGAUCGACAGGACAAAGGUCUUCAAGCUCGCCAGGCGGGCUCCCAAGGGCGCACACCUGCACAUCCAUUUCAAUGCAUGUCUGCAGCCCAAUGUGUUGCUCCAGAUUGCGAGUGAGAUGGACCAGAUGUACAUCACCAGCGACGUACCGCUGCACACAACAGAUGAGGAACACCCCAAGCGGUCCACGCGAUGUAGGAUACAAUUUUCCAUCAUUGAUAUCAAAGCCAGCAAGGGCAAUCUGUUUGAGUCUGGGUACAAAGAUCGCGCGCCUAUGAAAUUCAAGGAAUUCAUAAAAGAAUUCCCACGGCACUACCGCGGGGCAGACGCUCUGGAGUGGCUGCAGGAGAAGCUCGUUUUCCGCGAGGAGGAGGCCCAUGACCUACCCCAGACAGUCAGCGGGGCAUGGGAGGAAUUCAACGCCCGCACGCAGAUGAUGAAAGGGUUGUUCAACUACGAGAGGGCGUAUCGCGAGUACACACGCAGGUUCCUAGAAGAUUUCGUUAGCGAUAACAUCCAGUACGCCGAGAUACGGCCCAACUUCAUGGACACGAACCAGGUCUGGACCGACGACGGGACGCGCAAAAUCGACAAUGUUGGCAUCAUGGAAAUGAUCAUUCAGGAGGUCGAGCGGUUCCAGCGAGAAAAGAAAGGCAGCGACACCUACUUCGCGGGCCUCAAGGUCAUAUACUGCUGCCCACGGUCCUACCCUAGGGAAAAGGUCGCCAACGGGCUGGCCGAAUGCCUGCGCUUCAAGAAACGUUGGCCUGGCUGGAUAGCCGGGUUCGACCUGGUCGGCGAGGAGGGCAAAGGCCGGCCGCUGAGCACCUUCGUGCCCGAGUUCCUGCAGUUCCAGAAGGAUUGCGCGGCGGCGGGCGUCGGGGAGAUCCCGUUCCUGUUCCACUGCGGCGAGACGCUCGAGUCCGGCUCUGAGACGGACGACAACCUCCUCGACGCGCUGCUGCUCGGGUCGCGCCGCAUCGGCCACGGUUUCUCGCUCUCGCGCCACCCGUACCUCAUGGAGCGGAUGAAGAAGGCCGGUGUAUGCGUCGAGUUGUGUCCCAUCUCCAACGAAGUGCUGGGUCUGACGCCACGGGUUGGCGGGCAUGCUAUGUACAGCAUGUUGGCUAAUAAUGUGCACUGCACUGUGAGCAGUGAUAAUGGGACUUUGUUCAAUUCGACUCUCUCACACGACUUCUACCAGGCCAUGAUCGGCAAGUCCGACAUGACCCUUUUCGGCUGGAAGCAGCUCAUCGAGUGGAGUCUCGAGCACGCCUGCAUGUCGCCCGCCGAGCACCAGGAUGUGCGGCGGGCGUGGGAGGUGCGGUGGGAGAGGUUCGUGGACGAGACCCUCGAGGAGUUUGGGGCAUUUGACAGCGAUUUUGAUGACAAAGGAAAUUAA